AUGGAAAACCUGGAGUUGAGCCUGACAUCUCUAGGUGCGAUCUCUAGACAUAUCGAUAAAAGUCACAACGAACUCAGCAAAUAUCUCACAAAACAGAUAUGGAGUCAGCAGGACAGGCAGUGUAUACUAGAAUGUCUUGCGCAGCUCCUGUUGGAGAAGGAGUACACCCUCCUCAUUUCUCGUCACUUGCGACCACUGAUCCUGGACCUUUUGGAGAGGAAUGCCGAAAGGAUCAAAGGAGACGUCAGACUGAAUCAUGACCUCCACGAGCGCUUGUGUGUGGCUCUAAGCAAACUUCUCAACAUCAGUCCAGAUGCUCAGGCGUUUGCAGCGAGGUAUUUUAGCAGCUCUCCUCCAGUAUUUCAGAGACUCUUCUUCACCAGUGAAGAGGCUGCUUCCAUCCAGUAUGGGCCCAGACGAAUGAAAUUACGGGACCUGAUGGGGGCCACCCUCCGCUUCCUCCAAAGCGACUGUGAGAAGUUCCGUGUCCUGUGGGACUGGAGUGCCUGUGUUUCACAGCUUCUCACCAGUGACGUCAUGGUCAGAAGCUACACUGCCCAGUGCCUUGCCCUGGUGUCCCACAUGACAGAUAACCAGAAAAUGAUAUUUUUGAGGAAGGUGCUUUCGAGUGAAGAGAUUCUGCAUCUGAAAAUGAAGUCACUCGAGGAGACACAGCUGCUGGAGGUAGAAAAGGCUCUGGUUUUGGCCAAUCAGGGCUCAGCAGUAUGGCGUAAAGAGAGGGUAAAUAAGGUCACCCGCGGUCAGGUGGUGACAGAAGACCUGACACGGAGUGUUACUGUGGUGUGUGGGGUGAUUCUACCUAGACGGACCCCUCGACAGGACGAACAGACAAGUUUAAGUAAUUUAGUGCUGGUGGAUUCAACCUGCCAAAAUCUUCGGCGACUCGCCAUGGCUGUGGCUUCCCAGAAGCCCAUUCUUUUGGAAGGGCCAAUUGGAUGUGGAAAAACUGCUCUUGUUGAAUAUCUUGCUGCUGUCACUGGGCACAUUAAAGCCCCUGACAUCCUCAAAGUUCAGCUUGGAGAUCAAACCGACAGUAAGAUGUUGCUGGGUAUGUACCGCUGCACAGAUAUACCUGGAAAGUUUGUGUGGCAGCCAGGGUCCCUGACCCAGGCAGUCUCUAAAGGUUACUGGAUUCUGCUGGAGGACAUUGAUCACGCUCCUUUAGAUGUGAUAUCUGUUCUGCUCCCUCUCAUGGAGAACAAGAAAUUGACAAUUCCAGGACGAGAGGACUGCAUUCAGAUGGCCCCAUCAUUCCAGUUUUUUGCCACACGAAGGACGUUUUACAGUGGAGGAGCCUGGCAUCGACCGCAGGGUUCACGUGCUGCACUUCUGGACAAAUACUGGAGUAAACUGCAGAUUGGCAACAUGAGCCGAGAGGAACUUAAACAAGUCCUAAUGAAGAGGUACCCUAACCUGGCAGUGGUGGUGGAGCGUCUUUUGGACAUCUACUGCCAGCUAACAGGAGACAGACAUCAAAUCAGCUCCAGUCCGCAGGGUCCUAGUGCAGCCCACAACACAUCAGAUGAACACAUCACAUCACUGGAGGGCAGAAGCCUCUCUCUGAGGGACUUGCUGAAAUGGUGUGAGAGAAUCUUCUUAAAUUUUGACAACUCUUGUGCUUCCACAGCACAAAAUGUGUUUCUAGAGGCUCUGGACUGCUUCACUGCAAUGCUCUCCAAAUCUGAGAGCAGACUCAAGAUGGCAGAGAUCAUUGGCAGCAAACUCAACAUAUCCAGAGAGAAGGCCCAGCACUUCUGCCAGAUGUACCUGCCUGCCAUCAGUGUGACAGAGCUGGAGGUGACGGUGGGCCGUGCCAUGUUACUCCGCAAGCAGAGCGACGCAGUGUGGCUGAGCUUAGGCAGACAAACAUUUGCCACCACACGGCCGUCCUCUGUACUUUUGGAGCAGCUCUCAGUGUGUGUCACUAAAGGGGAACCUGUCCUGUUGGUCGGGGAGACGGGCACAGGAAAGACCUCUACUGUACAGUACCUGGCAGAAAUGACAGGACACAAACUCCGAGUGGUCAACAUGAACCAACAGAGUGACACUGCUGACCUAUUAGGAGGGUACAAACCAGUGGACCAAAAGCUUAUCCUUUUGCCCCUCCGGGAAGCAUUUGAGGACCUCUUUUCCCAGACAUACUCUCGGAAACAGAACCUGACCUUCCUGGGUCACGUCCAGACCUGUUUCAGAGGCAAACGCUGGCAGGACCUCCUGAAGCUCAUGGACCAUGUCUGCAAAUCAGCACUAACCAAGGAACUACACGAUAAACCCAAUGCCGCCUUGCUGCAGGAGCAGUGGGAGGCUUUGGCUCUCAAACUCAGUCAGACGCAGGAACAGAUUCGGGCCUGUGAAUCCGCUUUGGUCUUUGCGUUUGUGGAGGGGACUUUAGCCCAGGCUGUGAAGAAAGGCCAAUGGAUCCUGCUGGAUGAGAUUAAUCUGGCUGCUGCAGAGACGCUGGAGUGUCUGAGUGGAUUGCUGGAGGGCAGCGCUGGGUCACUGGUGCUACUGGAUAGAGGCGACACUGAGCCUCUGGUUCGUCACCCAGACUUCCGCCUGUUUGCCUGCAUGAACCCAGCCACUGAUGUAGGCAAGAGGAACCUGCCACUGGGCAUUAGAAACCGAUUUACAGAGUUGUAUGUGGAGGAGCUGGAGAGUGAAAGUGAUUUACGAAUCCUCGUCUCUGACUAUCUCAAGGGCCUUAACCUGACCAGAGGCAUCAUCCAUGGAAUCAUCAGUUUUUAUUUAGCUGUUCGUAAGGAGGCUAACACUCGGCUAGUGGACGGUACGGGUCACAAGCCUCACUACAGCUUGCGUACACUUUGCAGAGCUCUGAAAUAUGUGGCCUCUGAUCCCUGCUACAACAUCCAACGCUCCCUCUAUGAGGGUUUCUGUCUGAGUUUUCUCACUCAGCUGGAUCGCAGCUCUCACCCUGUUGUGCAGAAACUGGUGUGUCAGUACAUACUAGGAGGAAAUGUGAAGUGUCUAAAACAGCCAAUCCCAAAGCCAAAGGACCGUGUGUGCAUGCAGAUAGAGGACUACUGGCUGAUGCGGGGUGACAUGGAGCCUACUGUAGACUCCAGUUACAUCCUCACACCCUCCGUCAAGCUCAACCUGAAAGACCUGGCACGGGUAGUGUCUGCCGGCAUCCACCCAGUGCUCAUUCAGGGGGAAACGUCUGUAGGAAAGACGAGUCUGAUAAAAUGGCUUUCAGCUGCCACAGGAAACCAGUGUGUGCGGAUCAAUAACCAUGAGCACACAGAUAUCCAGGAGUACAUCGGCUGCUACUCCUCUGAUGAGCAUGGCAAACUUGUCUUCAAAGAAGGUGUUCUGAUCGAUGCCAUGAGGAAAGGUUAUUGGAUCAUCCUAGAUGAAUUAAACCUUGCCCCCACUGAUGUCCUCGAGGCCCUGAAUAGAUUGCUGGAUGAUAACCGGGAGCUCUUCAUCGCCGAGACACAGGAAGUGGUCAAAGCCCACCCUAGAUUCAUGCUCUUUGCCACUCAGAAUCCUCCUGGACUUUACGGGGGCAGAAAGGUUCUGUCCCGAGCGUUUAGGAACCGUUUCGUGGAGCUGCAUUUUGAUGAGCUGCCCAGUGUAGAGCUUGAGAACAUUCUCCAUCAGCGCUGCAGUUUGCCCCCAUCCUACUGCUCCAAACUCAUCAAAGUCAUGCAGAACUUGCAGUCCUUGCGUAGAGGAUCCAGUGUGUUUGCUGGGAAACAUGGGUACAUUACCCUAAGAGACCUGUUCCGCUGGGCUGAACGCUAUAGGCUGGAAGAGCAGAAUGACACCUCACGUGAUUGGCUACAACAUUUGGCUGAUGACGGCUACAUGCUGUUGGCUGGCCGUGUCAGAAAGCCAGAGGAAGCACUGACCAUCCAGAACAUUUUGGAGAAGCACUUUAAAAGGACUGUGAACUUAGAUGCUCUUUUCUCUGAAGCUCAGGUCACCUCUCAGUUCAGCCCUUUUGUGGACAGCAUUGCGGGUGUCCCUGAAGAGUUCGGUCAUGUGGUGUGGACCCAGGGCAUGAGGAGACUGGCUGUGCUAGUGGGACGAGCGCUUCAUUUUGGAGAGUCUGUCCUGCUUGUUGGGGACACGGGCUGUGGUAAAACCACCAUCUGCCAGCUGUUUGCUGCAUUAGUUGGUCAGAAGUUCUUCUCUGUGAACUGUCACUUGCAUAUGGAGACGUCUGACUUUCUGGGUGGCCUGCGACCUGUCCGUCACACGGGAACCCAACAGGCUGAUGCGGAGGACGGCCGUCUGUUUGAAUGGCAUGAUGGACCACUGGUGCUGGCGAUGAAACAGGACGGUGUGUUUCUAAUGGAUGAGAUCUCGCUGGCAGAUGACUCUGUGCUGGAGAGACUCAACAGCGUGUUGGAGACUGAAAAAUCAUUGGUGCUGGCAGAGAAAGGCAGCGGAGAUGAUGAUGAUGUUGAGCUGAUCAUUGCCGGGAAGAAGUUCCGGCUUGUCUCUACCAUGAACCCCGGGGGUGAUUUUGGAAAGAAAGAGCUGUCUCCAGCACUCAGGAACAGGUUCACAGAGAUUUGGUGCCCCCAGAGCAACAGUCGUAAUGAUCUAAUGCAGAUCAUCCAACACAAUCUAAGGCCUGGACUCUCUCUGGACCAGCAUGACCACCAAGGUAAAGACAUAGCAGAGCUCAUGCUGGACUUCAUCGACUGGCUGACCAAUCAGGAGUUUGGCCGGCGGUGUAUUCUAAGCGUGCGAGACAUUCUGUCAUGGGUGAACUUCAUGAACACCGUAUGUGAGCGGGACGAGGACGGCUUCAUGACCAUGGGGGAGCUGGAGGAGGAGGAGCCCGAAUGGGACCUGCGAUUGGACACCGUAACAGCCUUUAUUCAUGCUGCGUGCCUUGUGUAUGUGGACGGAAUCGGCUCAGGAACCACAGUGUCGGCAGCAGAGAAUGCCCUGGUGGCACGGAAAUUGAGUAUGGAAUACCUGGAGAAGAGACUGAGCAGAAUUACAGAGCUAGAUGAGGAGAUGAGGGAUGCGCUCCGAGUCUACGACACUAAUGUCCCCCGAGAGCCCCAGUGGGGUGAAGACUUCUUCGGCAUUGACCCCUUCUACAUCGCUGCAGGUUCUGAGAGUGAGGGCAGGAGUCUGUCGCACUACGCUUUGAGUGCGGGCACCACUGCAGUGAAUGCUCAGAGGAUAUUACGGGCACUGAAGCUUCAAAGACCCAUACUUCUGGAGGGCUCACCUGGAGUGGGCAAAACCAGCCUGGUCGCUGCCCUUGCCAAGGCCUCUGGGAACCAUCUUGUCAGGAUCAACCUGUCUGAACAAACUGAUGUUACGGAUCUCUUUGGGACAGACCUGCCAGUGGAAGGUGGGAAAGGAGGAGAGUUUGCGUGGCGGGACGGUCCUCUCCUUGCUGGGCUGAAGGCUGGACAUUGGAUCGUCCUAGAUGAGCUGAAUCUGGCCUCUCAGUCAGUGCUGGAAGGUCUGAACGCUUGCUUUGACCAUCGUGCUGAGAUCUACAUCCCUGAGCUGGGCAUGCGCUUCCACGUUCAGCAUGGGAAGACCAAGAUAUUUGGCUGCCAAAACCCUUUCACACAGGGAGGAGGACGCAAAGGCCUUCCCAAGUCCUUCCUAAACAGAUUCACGCAGGUUUAUGUGGAUGCACUAACCAAUGAAGACAUGCAGUUCAUUGGUGACUCCAUCUUUCCUAACAUUGACAAUGCGAUCAUUUCAAAAAUGGUGCAGUUUAGUAGCCGGCUUGUCCAAGAAGUGACAGUUGAAAGGAAAUGGGGCCAGAUCGGAGGACCAUGGGAGUUUAAUCUCCGUGACCUGUUCCGUUGGUGCCAGCUUAUGCAGACCGACCAAUCACCAGGCUUCUUCAACCCUGGCCAGCAUGUUGGGCUUGUGUACGCUGACCGCAUGAGGACCGAGGCAGACAAGGCCCAGGUGUUAGCAGUGUUUAGGAAGGUGUUUGGAGAAGACUUUGAACCUUAUAUGGGCUCCAGACAGUUCCAUAUCACCCCUUUGAACUUACAGUUGGGUUACUCAGUCCUGCAGCGUAGUGGAGGGGCACCUAUUGCUCUGGAUCCUCCUUUGUCGAUUACCCAUCAUUCUUUGCACCCUCUGGAAGCCCUGAUGAAGUGUGUGGAGAUGGGGUGGAUGGUCAUACUGGUGGGUCCCACUGCGAGUGGAAAGAGCAGUCUAGUGCAUCUGCUUGCGCUGUUAACAGGACACAGACUGAGGGUCAUGGCCAUGAACAGCGCCAUGGACACAACGGAGCUGCUGGGUGGUUUUGAGCAGGUGGACAUCAUACGGCCAUGGCAGCAGGUCUUGGAGAGCAUGGACUAUGUGGUGGCCAUGGUGACCAGACGAGGUCUGAUGUCAUUGGACGGGGCGGUGCAGGACACUGAGUUUCUGUUGAGCACGUGGAGCACUUUCCGCCGCUGGCUGAGAGAGGAGGGUCUGGAUACCACAGAGGGCAUGGUCACGUUUGAGGCUUUAAACAAACUGGAGGUCAUCAUUGUUCUGCUGCACAAACUCAACACUAAACUCAAGGUCUUAACAGACAUGUCAAAGCUGCAGAUGGACUUCACUCUACUGAAGGAGCGGUUGGCCCAAAUGCAGGACGGCUGGACUCAUGGGGGCUUUGAGUGGCUGGAUGGGAUGUUAGUUCAGGCGCUGCAGGCUGGAGACUGGUUGCUCAUGGACAAUGUCAACUUCUGCAGCCCUUCAGUGUUGGAUCGACUGAAUGCCCUUCUGGAGCCUGGCGGGUCAUUGACCAUUAAUGAACGAGGGAUCAUUGAUGGAACCACACCCACCAUCACACCCCACCCUAACUUCAGGUUGUUCCUCACCAUGGAUCCCACACAUGGGGAAAUCUCUCGAGCCAUGAGAAACCGUGGUGUUGAGAUCUACAUCCCUGGCGAGCAUGAGGGAGUGUGCUGGGACACCCUGGAUCUAAAGAUGGUGUUACACACCCUGGGUGUGACGGGAGACUGUGUGUGUGACCUGCUGAUCUCCAUUCAUUCAGAAAUCAAGAACACAAUAUGGGACUCACCUGCAUCAUCCUUGUCUUCUCUGCUCCAUGCUGCGUCUCUGUUGUCUGGUCAGCUCCAGAGAGGAGUUGAUCUGCCCAGUGCUCUUUUACAGGCCUGUGGAGAGGCUUAUGCUUUCUGUCAACGCACCACUGCUAACCAGCAGCUGGCUCAGGAAGUCAUUGAGAGGCAGCUGGCUGUGCUGGACUCUGAGGACUGGGGCAGUGGGCUGCUAUGUGCGGGUGUGUGGCCGGACCGCAUCCCCUCAGCCCUGAUGUGCACUGAGGACUCGUGUUUCUCCAGUGUCCAGAGAGACGGACAGGUCCUCCUGUACUGCCUCAACACUCUCAGUCUUUACGGAAAAAGAAAUCGUCCACUGAGCCUGGUUGACCUGCAGAGGGCAAUGCAGAGCGGUGCUGUGCUGGAUGGGCUGCAGUUUUCUGGCGGUGGAGGACUGGACGGUGGAGCUGAGGAUGCCCUUCGCCUCCUCCCGACAGCUGUUAAAAUACUGACAGAAAGAGCUUCUCACAGUGACUGGGUCCUCAGAACCAGCUGGCUCUCCCACCUUACCAAAACGUACAAACAUGCAGAUGCAGCUCUGAUGCAGUUGGAGGCAGGAUGCACAGCGCUGAAGGCCGUAUUCAACAGCAAGCUUAUCGGGAAAGGCAAAUGUCUGGCAGAGCUCUUGCAACCACACAGCACAGACGACUACAGGAUUCUGGUCGACAUGCGCUGGAACAAGCAGUACUUGGACAUUUUGGCAAACACAUGCAACUUUGAGGAUGAGGAGAGAUACAUGGAAUUCAUGGAAGCCCUGAAUGCUGUUGCCAACAGAAUCACUUUGCUGAUGGACCGAGAGGAGAGUGCAGCUAUUAACAGCAGUGCUGGAAACAGCUCGCCUCAUAACAGUGCACUUAGACUGGCCACUUCUUUCUCAAAAGGGACGGUUGACAUAGGCCACCUGCCUCAUCCAGUGUUGAUGCACCUGCGCUCAUUCUUCGACCUGUGGGAUUCAUUUGUACUGGAAGCUGUGCAGUCGGGACAGCCCUACAUCUCCGACCACCUCAUGUUUGAGAUCCUGCAGCUGCUGCAGUGGAGGGAUCGUUUCUGGCAUGUGUGUAACACACUGUCUGCGGAUACUCGGAGUGUGUGUGUGAUGUCCCUGCACUGGCAGUGGGUGCACAAAAACCUCAUUUUGCGGCUGCCUCAGCUUUUGAUGGGGGAUAGUGACUAUGAAGGCCAACAGGAGCUACACACGAUCUCCACGGCCAUCCAGAACACACUUUCCAGCCCUGUGGCUGUGGCUUCUGCUCUGAAGGGCAUUCAGAAGACAUUAGGAAAACCGCUGCCAUUUAAGCUGGAGGCGGUGGCUGAAUGUGCAGCCCGUCUGCGAGUGCUUUGCAGGGCUUUGGAUGUUAGGGACCUGCGACUGGACAACAGCCUCGCAUCCCUGUGGAAACAAGAGGUGUCUCGUCUCCGCGGUGUGGCCAUGGGAAUUGACUCCAAAGAAGCUCUACUGGAAGCUUGGGGUUUGGUGCUUCAGGCCAACAUCCUGCUGGAGCCUCAGAACUCAGGGGUUCUGGAGAGGCUUGUGAGCUGUGUGGAUCAGCAGCAGGGUCAUAUGGCUUCCUGUGGCCUGCUGGACUCUCUUUCAGAAGAUAAUGAAGAAGUUGGAGACAGUGCCGCCCCAGGCCGGGAGGUGUUACUGCAGCUUGCACGCAGGGCUCAGCUGUGGCCUGCACUGGAGGAGCUGGCAGUCCUUAACCAAAUGAAAGUCACCACAGACCUGCUGUACCUCUCAGUCACACCAAGGAGCAGUAAGGAGGCUGAAGAUGGCCUGCGCAGGUCCUUCUCUAACCAUCUGCGCUUCUGUAUGCAGUCGACCCCCAUGAAUGUCCGACAGCUGCAGCCUCUCUGGUUCCUGCUCGGCACUGAGAGGCCUGUGGAGGAGCUGCCACUGGUGUGGUGUGAGCUGCUGUCUGAGACACUCGCAGCGUUAUGGAGCGGCAGCGUGACCUCCGACCCUGACCGCUGGCUGAAGUGGAAUCCGCUGAACCCUGAGGAGCACAUGAACUCCAGAUCACUGUUGGGACCAUCUGAUACGGGUCCUGGCAUGCUGAGUCGUGCAGUCUGGUCCCGCUGCAUGCUGGGAGUUCUGAGCAGCACUGAUGCUGGUGGCCGAUGGGAUCCGUCAGGGUCACACUUCCUGUCAUCAUCACGUUUGACCCUGGGCGAGUGGAGAGAGAGAACCGGGCAGCUACAAGAUCUGAAUGCUGUGAUCUGGGAUAAUAUGGCUAUGCCUGAGCUUGCAGACUUCAGAUUAACUGACUGUAGGUUGCAAGGACUUGUGUUGCGUAGACAACUGCAGUCUCUCUCCGAGCUGUUGUCUCCAGGUUUACAGGAAAGCUAUGCCGAAUCCUGUGACAGUCUGACUGAAGGCCAGGACCCUAUUUCUGCAGCCCAGGAAAUUCAGAUCGCCCUCAGAGAAGGCCUGCCAGAAAAUCUGCUCCCAGAGGGCUUUCUAGAUACCCUAGUGACAUGCUUGACACAGUUUGCACACAACCGGGCACAAGAUUCUGUCCAACUUGCCCGGUCUGGAGUUUUUUGGGUGAAUAUGGGUCUGCUGCAAAUCCAAGUUUGGGCUCCACAAACAAUUUUUGACCCUGCAGUGAAAAGAGCCUAUAAACUCCGCUAUGCACAAGAGGAGCUUGCUUUGCUACAGGAAGAGUGGAGAGGGCGGAGUCUGUCCUCACAGCUGCUCACAGGGGCGGAGCUUGAGGAGAGUAGCACUACUGACAACUUCCAGCAUCCUCGCAUAAGGUACUUGUGGAUCCGUAUGCAGCAGGUGAAGGAGCAGAUUUGUGAACUGAGUCGUAAACAAGCCUGCCGCCCCCCUGACCCCCAAUAUGGUCGCCUGUAUCAGGAACUUCAGCACUACCUGUGCAGCAUCGGCCAACCAGCUGCAGUGGGUGACCUGCUGUCCCACCUCCUGAAGGCCUUACAGGCCCCAAAAUCAAGAUUGGGAGUUCAGGGUUUGUUGAAGGAGGAGGCUGUCUGGCAGGCUUCACAGCACCGCUUUACCCAACGGCUGGUCGAGGAGUACCCACUUUAUCCUGACGUGGUUGUGCCCCUACGAGCAGCAAUUUUGCAAGUGCAGCAUGGCAUGCGACUCCUGGCAUCUCAGGUGUCCUCGUCGGUGACUGCCCAACCGGGUCUGUCACGUCUCGUGUCCACUAUGCUAGCUUUUCCAAGUCCAGCGGCGUCCUCUGAUCUGGCCUGUGCAGACUACCUGUGUUCAAGGGAAUGCUUGCACAUGCUAAAGGGCCUGGGAAAGCAGUUGCCAGCAACGGAAAUCAGCCGUUUGAUCCCAGAUCAUGCAGUUUUGUUGUUGAAUGCACUGCUGUACAUACAGAGUCACACACUGAGUGCUGGGCAUCUCAGUGCAGAGACGCAAAAACUCUUCAGACAUGUUUGCCAGGCUAUAGUGAAUGAAUGGGACGAGCAGGAGAAGAGAGCGAGAGAAAAAGAGCAGAUGGAAGCCAGUCUGUACCGCAGUCGCUCUCGUCUGCAUGGGACAGGGCUUACAGAGGACCAACAGGAAGAGAGAGAGUUCAGACGCUCUUUCCCGUCUUACCACAAGGAUUUUGCUGAUAUCACUUCAGAACCUAGUCUUGAUCAGCCAAUAAUCAUUGAGGAUGACGAUGAUGCAGAUCUGGAGUCGUCGUCUAGUGAGACGUGCAGCUUCCUGUUGGCCAGCAGCAUGAACACAGUGGUUCAGGUCCAUCAGAGACUCUGUUUGUCUUAUGCUCAGUCCCUAUGGUACCAACCCAGCCCGCCAACCAAUCACAGCAAAGACCACAUCAGUGCCCUGGUUUCAUCAUAUCAAAUCACAGCUCCACUGAUAGCCCGCUUCUACCAUCUAAUGGAUUGUGAAGUGGACCCUAAAUUGAUGGGCUCUCAGCUUCUCCUCAGUACUCUGCUCCAGAACACUGUGAGCGGUUCUGGAGGUCCAGCUGGACUGAUUCUGCAGAGCAAUGGGCCGUAUGACUUCUACAGAGACCCCAACAUGAGUCAGGCCCGGAUCUGCCUCCCAGCGCUAGAACAGCUGAGUAAGGCUGUGAGACAGCGCCUGAGCGACUGGCCCGAACACCCUGCACUUGUUCAGAUCAUCAUGGUAAUAGAGAGGAUAUUGGCGUUUGGUCUUUCCAGCCCUCUAGCAAAGUUCCUAAACGGUCUGGAGAUCCUGCUCAGCAAAUCACAGGACUGGGAAAACAAUGCUAGCCGGGCAGUGUCUCUUAGGAAUGAGCUGGAAGCUAUCACACAGCUCAUCAUUCAGUGGAGAAAACUUGAGCUCAACUGCUGGUCAAGCAGCCUAGAUAACGCACAGAAGCGCCAUGCUGAGAAUUCAACCAAGCACUGGUUGUCCAUUUACCAACUCAUAGAGAGAUACCUACAGGAGCAGAGGACAGACACCAGACCCGAUGAUGGUGUGGAGAAUCUUUCCCUCUCGUCAGUCUCAUCCACACUGCAGGCCUUCAUUGAAGGCUCCACUUUAGGAGAGUUUUCUGUUCGCUUGUCCAUGCUGCUUGGAUUUCACUGCCAUGUACUGCUGGCUCCCAAACAGGAAGGACUUGACUCGCUCUGCAGUUUGCUGUGGAAUCUCUAUAAAUAUUACACGCAGUUCUCCGAGAGCAUCCAGGCCAAGAUCACCCAGCUGAGGUCCCCUAUAGAGAAAGAGCUCAAAGACUUUGUCAAAAUCUCCAAGUGGAAUGAUGUCAGUUUUUGGUCCAUCAAGCAGUCAGUGGAGAAGACACAUAGGACCCUGUUUAAGUUUGUGAAGAAGUUUGAGGCGGCACUGAAGGAGCCGUGUUCACCGUGUCUGGUGGAGCAGGGCAGUAGCAGCAGCAUGGAUGACGUGGAUUCACAGUCCGAGGAGACUUCUCUUCACAGGGUUCAUCGAGCUCUGAGAGCUGCCCUGCCUGGAAAGGGCCGGGAUCUGCAGGCUGAUGGUCCAGAGGAACUCUCAUCUGAUAAAGAGCCCUCGUCUCUCCAAGCCCGUCUGCCUGCCCUCACCAGGAAGAUGAAAAAGUUGUGUGUUCAACUGGUAAAGAAGACUCCUCUGCCUGAGCUCUCAGAAGACCUGGAUCAGUUCACAGCUGAGAUAAUUACCAAUGUGCAGGCCCUGCAGAGCCUGACGGUGGACCGCAGCAUGGAGCAGGAGAAACAAAAGGCAGAGGUGAAGCACAUCCAUCUGCAGAAACAGAGAGCACUGGCUGAUCUCUUCAAGAUGCUGGCACAAAUCGGUCUGUCCUACCGUAAGGGUCUUGCCUGGGGUCAUACAGCAGACCCAGAUGAGACGAUGUGUCUGCAGCCCAUGGAGAUGAAGAUAGCCCUGUCUGCGGUCAAGACACAGGACAACACGGCGGACACGUUAUUUGUGGAGAUGAUGGAUGCGUGGGAAGGCUGUGAGAAGUACUUCUAUCGAUCCUGGGCCAGACGCAACGCCUUGCUGACGGCAUUACAAGGCGCUGUUAAGGAGCUUGGGCUGGCAAUAUACAACGAUGUAGAGGUUUCUCUUCUCACCUGUUUAAACUUUUGCUGAAGCAAAGAGGAAGACUUGCAGGACUCACAGAGCACUGGGUCCAACUCCGUACUGCCCUUUCAAG